UGGUGGGAGGGAGGGGGAGAGAGCGGGCGAGAGAGCGGCCCGAGAGGGAGGGAGGGGGCGCGAGGCGUUGACCCGGAGCCCGAGCAGCACGCGGCGCCCCGCACCUGCGGCCAUGGAUGCGGAGGGGGCGCUGAACACUUUGCGGGGGGGCGACGCGGGCGCCAUCGAGAAGGUCCUGCGGGAGUACAGCGAAGAGCACAGAGCGACUUUCAAAUUCGAUCUUGCAGAUGAAGAGAAGAGAAAGAAACUUUGUGAAGGAGUCUUCAAGGUCCUGGAGAAGGACAUCUCGACGUCCUGCCAAGUCACCUGCCUGGAAGUCCUCCGCAUCCUUUCCCGAGACAAGAAGGUCCUCGUUCCUGUCACCACCAAGGAGAACAUGCAGAUCCUGAUGCGGCUGGCCAAGCUGGAUGAUUCGGAGGCCUCCCUGGAGGAGGCGGCCCACUUCCCGGUCAUCGUGGAGUCGCUGAAAUGCCUGUGCAACAUAGUGUUCAACAGCCAGAUGGCUCAGAAGCUCAGCCUGGAGCUCAAUCUGGCCGCCAUGCUGUGCAACUUGCUGCGCAAGUGUAAGGACCAGCAGGUCAUCAGCGACAUUAAGUGCUUCGACCUGCGGCUGCUCUUCCUCCUGUCCCUCCUGCACACCGACAUCAGGUCCCAGCUCCGGUACGAGCUCCAGGGGCUGCCUCUGCUCACCCAGGCCCUGGAGAGCGCCUUCAGCAUCAAGUGGACUGAUGAGUAUGAGGCGGCCAUCGACCACAACGGGCCGCCCCUGUCCCCGCAGGAGACGGAUUGUGCCAUCGAGGCACUCAAGGCCCUCUUCAACGUCACGGUGGACAGCUGGAACGUCCACAGCGAGAGCGACUCUCACCAGUUCCGUGUCAUGGCCGCGGUCCUGCGCCACUGCUUACUCACCAUGGGCCCAACUGAAGACAAGACGGAGGAGCUUCACAGCAAUGCAGUCAAUCUUUUAAGCAACGUUCCAGUCUCUUGCUUGGAUGUCCUCAUAAGUCCAUUAGCCCAGGACGAAAUUGCCCAGGAGGCAACAACACUGGAUGAAUCAACUCAAGAAACUGAAACGGGCCAGGAUGAAACAAGAGAAGAAGAAACCAAUUUGAAAUACAAUACCAUGGUGUACAAUGGCAUGAACAUGGAAGCCAUUCGAGUUCUCCUUGACUUUAUGGAGAAGAGAAUAGACAAGGGAAGCUGCUACCGGGAGGGCCUGACUCCAGUACUCAGUCUAUUAACUGAAUGUUCCCGAGCUCACCGAAACAUCCGGAAAUUCAUUAAAGACCAGGUCCUGCCUCCUCUGAGAGACGUGACCAACCGCCCCGAAGUCGGCAGCACCGUGCGGAACAAGCUGGUGCGCCUCAUGACACACGUCGACCUCGGGGUCAAGCAGAUCGCUGCCGAAUUCCUCUUUGUCCUUUGCAAAGAGCGAGUGGACAGCCUCCUGAAAUACACUGGUUAUGGCAACGCGGCAGGACUGUUGGCGGCGAGGGGCCUCUUGGCGGGAGGAAGAGGAGACCAUUGGUACUCUGAUGAUGAAGACACGGACACUGAAGAAUACAAGUCUGCAAAGCCCAACAUUAAUCUUAUCACUGGUCAUUUAGAGGAACCCAUGCCAAAUCCCAUAGAUGAAAUGACAGAAGAACAAAAGGAAUACGAGGCCAUGAAACUUGUCAACAUGCUUGAUAAACUUUCCAGAUGCUCUCUGCACUAUAUCACGCUGGACUCUGACGGCCUGGGUUCGUAUCCCAGCUCUGACACUGACUAGCUGUGGGAACUUUGGAGAGGAGGUGAUUAAGCCCAUGGGUGUGAGGCCGGAUGGAACAAUGGCUCCUUUGGAGGAAACUCUCUGCCAGUACCAAGUCACCAAGGAGAACAGCUCCGACUCCGACUGAACGAAUCACCUGCUCCACUCUCAAUAUCGCUUUCAUCAGCAUCUUUCUCUGUAGCCCCAGGGGGAAAUCUUUUCUCUCCAACAUCUAGGCCCUUGCUUUUUGGCUGGAAGCACAUUAACUGGUUUACUUCUUCAGCGUCCGGGAUACCGAAAGGGGUGAUUCUGUGGGAUUUGCAAUAUUGAAACUGAGGCACGGAACGGUACAGAAUGUCAGUGGGGUGCCGUUUACCUAAGGGCUGGGGGGGAGGGGGGAGGUGAGGGAGGGAAACGGGGGGGGGGGGGGGUUGAUGUGUAGGGACAAAAAAAAUUAUUGCAUUUCAUGAGGAUGGGACGGGACAUUUGGUCUGCCGGGGCCCCUGGUCAGAAAGGACGGCGCCGUCCAUCGGCCCAGAUGGACAAGCGCCCCCUCCCACGCUCCUCGGAAAGAUGGCGUUAGACGAAGACCGAAUCACGUGACGGAUGAUGUGUCCUACCUGAUUAGGGGAAGCCAGAGCAGCUGCUUCGUGGCCCCGGUAUCAUCUCACCACUUAUCACGUCUCAAUUAUAUUUAAAGCUAUCAUAUGAAUAUAUAUGUAUACACACACAUGCACGCGAUUGCACAGAGGCUGCCCCCAACUAGCAUUUCUUCUCUAAGCUCAUUGUUUGUAACUCAGAAUGCAAUUUCCCAUAGACCGGUCAUUAUGCAUGGUGGUUAGGUUCCUAGAUCAGCCUAAAAAAAAACAACAAAAAACAACCCUAUUUAAUUCCCCAACUCUAUUUAACCUACAGUGUCCCUGAUGUGUUGUAUAUAAUAAUAGGAUAGUCUCUAGCUGAUAUUGCCCCUAUGGGGAAUAGGCAUUCUGAGUUCCAAAUCGGGUGGUCUAGGAUACCGGCCCAUCGCCCCAGCAGCGGCCGCGGGACUGGGGUCUCUGGCAGCGAGAGCUGCUUGGGGGUGGGAAGGAUAGGGGAGACCGGCUUUGGGGGCUGCGAAAGCCCAGGGCUUGGGCCUACAUGGGGUCUUGGUCAGUUGGAGGCUGCCUCUCUGUGUCUAUGUGUCUCUAGAGAUCCAUUCAUUACCGUACAUAACCAGGUUGUUAAUGGUAACUUUAUAUAUUUAAAAAAAA